UAUACUCGAUAGCACUUUUCGGAAAAGUGAAGGAAAUAAUAUGAUUCUAGCCCUAGGAGUAGCAUUUCUAGUGAGUUUUAUUGGAUUGAUUUAUGUAGCAUUUUUGAAGCCUCCACCUUCGAAAAUAUGUGGAUCACCGAAUGGCCCUCGAGUGUCUUCACCUCGAAUAAAACUCAACGAUGGAAGACACUUGGCCUACAAAGAAUUUGGAGUUUCCAAGGAAAAGGCUCAAUACAAAGUCAUUGUUUGUCAUGGCCUUCGUAGCUGCAAAGAUAUGGAUUUGCCGAUCUCUCAAGAACUAAUGGAGGAGCUUAAGUUGUACUUGGUAAUCUAUGAUAGAGCGGGUCAUUGUGAGAGCGACCCAUAUCCAUCACGCUCAAUCAAGACUGAUACCUUCGACAUUCAAGAAGUAGCUGACAAGUUGGAACUUGGCACAAAAUUUUAUGUAAUUGGAUUUUCGGCAGGAACAUACCCUGUUUGGGGUUGUGUGAAAUACAUUCCGCAUAGACUUCUAGGAGCUGCUCUAGUUGUUCCACCCGUGAAUUUUUGGUGGCCUUCUUUUCCUUCUGCUUUAUCACAACGUUUAUUUACGAAGCUUCCUCGAUCUUAUAAACGUACGUAUUGGAUUGCAUAUUACACACCUUGGUUGAUGUAUUGGUGGAUGACACAGAAAUGGUUCGAAAACUUUAAUAUUAGAAGAAUGCUGUGUGAUUCUGAUUUGGCCAUAAUAAAGAGAAUUGAGGAACACCCAAAACAGAAUCGGUGCAACCCGAUACAACAAGGAGAAUAUGAAUGCAACAUAAGAGACUUAUUGUGUAAUUUUGGGAAAUGGGAGUUUGAUCCCAUGGAGCUGAGCAAUCCAUUUCAUGAUAAUGAAGGCAGUGUUCAUAUGUGGCAAGGUUGUGAAGACUAUGUAGUUCCUAUUGAAUUAAAUCGUUUUAUAGCUCAAAAGCUUCCAUGGAUUCAAUAUCAUGAGCUUCCUAAUAAUGGGCAUCUAUUAGUUCAUGAAGCUCAUAACUUAGAAGUCAUACUAAGGACACUUCUCGUUUAAUAAUUUCAUUUGAUGUCAAUAUUUGUAGGAGGUGAGUGAUAUUCGGCAAUAGUGUAUUGUUAUUGUGUUGAAUAAUGAAUGCUAUUAUAUAUUAUAAUAUCAUAAACUUGCAAGAGAGAAAGCAUAUCCGAGUUUUGGGAGAACGUCGGCUACUUUCUCUUACUAUCGACAUGGUCAGAAGUUUGUGUUAUGUCUGAUGAGAUGUGCUCAGUGGCUUCGAACGUGUCAUAUGUCUGUUAUGUGUGA